UACAACACAACACGGAAUCCGCACUCUGGCCCCCUCUGUCGCCCCGAGUGUCUCGCCAGUCGAGACAGCGAGUGGGAGCACACCUUCUGGCAGAGCCAUGGGUGAUUAAGCCGCCUUACAAGACCGCCGUCGACAUCGACAGCGGAGAACGAAAACAUCAACAGACCCGAUACUGCUGUUGCAUACACUUGGGCGAGCUCAUUUGCAGCAACCCGGGCUGUUUCCCGACCAGCAACACGGCCAACAUAUCAGAAAGGUGCCAGCACUCCAGCCAUACCAACUCAAAUCAGAACCAACGCCAUGUCACAAGCGCAGCCAGGCCUAGUUCGGCGAGCUACACAGGCAGUUUCCCAGCACCUCGGACAAAGUAGCUCUAUACCAAAUGCCCCGACACAUUGGCAUGACGCGCACCACCGACAGUACCUGCUAAUGGUAUGGGACAAGACCGUGGAACUUGCUGCGACAUCGAGCAAGUACCCGCAAUCGAGCUCGUCUCAUCUUCACUCAACCUACGUAACACUUAUGCGGAGAUUCCCCGAUCUCGAACAAGGGACUGUGCCUUUAACAACCGACUGGAUGGAGUAUGUGCUCGGCGCGGCAUUGCGGCGUCCGUUUUGCACAGCUGAGAGGAUGGGCAGAUGGGAGGUGCUGGCCUCUAGCGGUGGAUCUCGAGGGACCUGGGGUCCUUGGUGAACUGAAGAGAGCUGUGUGAUUGUCACUGGGAGUUUUUGAGGUGUACGGAGCGGGCGAGGCGGUAUGGAAUGGCCUUAUGCUAGUGGGAGCCAAUUAUCCGACAGCACGACAUUUACUGCGAUUCUUCAACAUGCAUGGCGAAAUGGAGGCAUAGCGUUGUCACUUUUUAGACGCAGCUCACGGGGGUUCUACUCGGCGCAACAAAGAAAGCAUGAUUUACAUGAGGACAUGAAAGGCUUAUGAAGAAUGAAUUCUCAAACGGGCUGUCAAUCAAGACAGUACCCGGCUAUGAAACGGCAUAGCUUUCAGUAGAAUGAAGAAGAGAGAU